GCGAGAUUCAGGAAAUACGACACUAAAAUUGUGCUUAAGCUGUGUUAAAUACUAAUAUCGAUUUGCCUUUCACCGCAAAUCGUUUUUUCAGCAAAGCCUCUACAGUAUAGUUUGCGCUUCGAUUAAACUUUUCACCCGUUGUUCUCCGCUGCUGUACUAUGACUACUGCUGUUAUGAUGGAUUACGACUUCAAGAUGAAAACGCAGCAGGAACGGGCCAAAGUGGAAGAUCUUUUCGAGUACGAAGGAUGCAAGGUGGGCCGAGGAACGUACGGCCACGUGUACAAGGCGCGACGGAAAGAGGGAAACGACGCGAAAGACUAUGCCCUUAAGCAGAUCGAAGGGACCGGUCUGUCGAUGUCCGCAUGUCGUGAGAUUGCGCUGCUACGGGAAUUAAAGCAUCCCAACGUGAUCAAUCUCAUCCGGGUGUUUCUGUCGCACACGGAUCGUAAAGUGUGGCUUUUGUUCGAUUACGCCGAACACGAUCUGUGGCACAUAAUCAAGUUUCAUCGGGCUGCUAAGGCCACUAAAAAGCCAGUGAUGGUGCCGAAGGGUAUGGUGAAAAGUUUACUGUACCAAAUAUUGGACGGUAUCCAUUAUCUUCACAGCAACUGGGUUUUGCAUAGAGAUUUGAAACCAGCCAAUAUCUUAGUGAUGGGUGAAGGAAACGAACGAGGCCGGGUGAAGAUCGCGGAUAUGGGAUUUGCCCGUUUGUUCAACGCACCAUUAAAACCGUUGGCUGAUCUCGAUCCGGUGGUGGUCACAUUUUGGUAUCGAGCACCGGAACUACUGCUCGGGGCUCGGCAUUACACGAAAGCCAUCGAUAUAUGGGCCAUUGGGUGUAUUUUCGCCGAACUGCUUACUUCGGAGCCGAUUUUCCACUGCCGUCAGGAGGACAUCAAGACGAGCAAUCCAUACCAUCACGAUCAGCUGGACCGCAUAUUCAACGUGAUGGGUUUCCCGCAGGACAAAGACUGGGAAGAUAUUCGUAAAAUGCCGGAACACCACACACUAACGAAAGAUUUUAAGCGAUCCAAUUACGCAAGUUGCUCGUUGAUUAAAUAUAUGGAACGACACAAAAUCAAGCCCGACAGCAAAGCGUUCCACCUGCUCCAGAAGUUGCUCUUGAUGGACCCAAACAAACGCAUCACGUCCGAGCAGGCUAUGCAGGAUCCCUACUUUUCGGAGGACCCCAUGCCAACGGCCGAUGUAUUUGCCGGGUGUCCCAUUCCCUAUCCGAAGCGUGAAUUUCUCACCGACGAAGAUCAAGACGAUAAAGGUGAAAAGCGGCAGCAGCAACAGCAACAGCAGCAGCAACAGCAGCAGCAACAACAGCAACAGCAACAGCAGCAACAGCAACAACAGCAACAACAACAGCAACAGCAGCAACAGCAGAACAAUCAACAGCAGCAAGGCAACCAGCAACAGAACCAGCAAGGAAAUCAACAACAGCAGCAAAAUGCUCAACAGCAGCAGCAACAGCAGCAGGCAAAUAUGCAACAGGGUGGAGGCGGUGGUCAAGGUGGCGGCGGGAUGGACCACAACAACGCGAAACGCGUCCGUCUUGGUGGUCCCAAUGGCCAUCCGAACAAUCCGCAGGGCGGCAUGACGCAGCAGGAUUAUCACCAGCAACAGCAGCAACAGCAGCAGAACCAGCAGCAACAAAAUCAAAUGAUGUUCAACAACGCCCAACAGGGUGGUUUUCAGCAACGGUAUUAACUUUAUAAGACAGCCUAGAGAAGGCGAGUAGCAACAAGAAACAUUUAUUACAAUACAAUCACUUAUAUGAUACCUAUCCU